AUGAUUAUCACGCCCCUCCGCGACCCCAAACUCGAACUCCGCUUCGAAAAUCCCAGGAGUGUCAGUUGGGUGAAUAUCGAUGAAGCGACGAUUACCUCCCCACAGGCGAAGGAGGGAGCUUUUGAGCCUGAUGACGUUCUCAGCGGCUUCAGCGACUGCGGCCUCAUCCCAUCCAACAAAGAAUUUUUGAGCGGAGAGUCCUUUGCCCACUUGAUAAAAAAGUCCAUCGGCCUUUUCCGCGAACUUCGCCAGAAUAUCCGCGUGGGAGUCGGGGUUCAAAAUGUGAGGUGGCACCUUGUCGCAUCCCCCAGCACGAAGAACUUCUUGCACCAAGAUGAAUCCAUUGCCGGAAAAUUGGCUCUCAUCGAUAGCUAUGCCAUAUUGCUGAAACUGGCCACGGACAGAGUCAGGUUCCUCCAGGAGAGCAACUUGGCCGGCUUUGGUGACAUUGGGGAGGAACAUGGACCGGAGAGUUUGGUUGUGGAUGCGCUGGAUGUGACCACGUUCGGUGUAGAAUUCGCUCCAUGCGGAGGAAAAGCCAUCGCGGAUGACAGGAUAGUCCCACUCCCGCGGCAUGGUGCUUUUGAUAGAUGGAAAGAUAAAGGGUUCACGAGUCGAUGA